CUUCACAUUCUCUUCUCGCUUCCAGCUGUUUUUUGUUUCAGCGAGUUGUCGUUUGUCACCGAGCCCCUGGACGUAACGACAUCUAGAGGUGACCGCGUUACUCUCGACUGCCAGGCUCAAGGUGAGUCGCCCAUCACUGUGCGAUGGAGGAAGGAUGGCGUCCGACUCCAGGAGAGCGAGCGAGUUUGUAUCCUGUCCAACGGUUCGUUGCACAUCUCUCAUGUAAAGAGUUCAUCAGGUCAAUCCGAUGACGGCUUCUACCAGUGCUUCGUCCAAAACACGUAUGGAGCCAUACUGAGCCAAAGAGCUCGACUCACAAUCACAAGUAUUUUGUCGUUUGUUACCCAUCCUGUUUCUGUGGCGGUCACAGUCGGGUCCGUGGCCAGAUUUUCCUGUAGCGUUAUCGGCACUCCUUCAGCUGUGAUCACCUGGGAACUCAACCAAAGAUCUCUGAUCUCAGACAGAAUCACAGUUUUGCCGAAUGGAGUGCUGCACAUCCGCGAUGUGACAACGAAGGAUGCUGGCAAUUACCGCUGCUUAGCAACAAACAUCGGCAGUCGAGUCAAGAGUAGAGAUGCGGAGCUUAUCGUCAACCCAGCAUUGGUUCCGAGACCCCUCAUGAAACCACAGAUCGUUGCUGGACCUCAGAACAUCAGCGCCGGACUGCACCAGUCUGUGGUUCUGGAGUGCAUGGCAGAGGGUAACCCUCGCCCUUUAGUGUCCUGGAGCAGGGCGGACUCCAAACCGAUUGACGUGUCUGGCUCAAGAGUGCUGGGCAACGGAAACCUGAUCGUCUCUACCGUUAAGGCCCAGCACAGCGGCACUUAUCUGUGCCGAGCGACAACACCAGGAACACGCAACUACACGAUAGCAGCCGUCAACCUCACCGUACUUGUUCCUCCAACUCUGGUGGAGAAACCAGAGAGCCAGACUCGACCCAGAGCCGGUACUGCUCGAUUCAGCUGUCAGGCCGAGGGAACACCUGCGCCCCGCAUCAACUGGUUUAAGAACGGUGAGGUGAUCCUCUCCAAUGGGCGCACCAAGAUGUACAACAGUAAACUGGUGAUAACUCAGAUCAUUCCGGAAGAUGACGCCUUUUACCAGUGCCAGGCAGAGAACUCUCAGGGUUCGGUUUUGUCCACGGCCCGACUCAUUGUGGUGCUUUCAGUGGACCGUCCCAGUGCACCAUACAACGUCCACACUGAAACCAUCUCAAGCUCUGCUAUCUUGCUGGAAUGGGAGAGACCGCAGUACAACGCAGAUAAAGUCAUUGCAUACUCUAUACACUACAUGAAAUCUGAGGGUCUAAACAACGAGGAGUAUCAGGCUGUGAUCAGCAAUGAUACAACAAGCCACAUCUUGGACGAUCUGGAGCCAGCGCGCAACUACACGUUUUAUAUCGUUGCAUACAUGCCAAUGGGUGCCAGUCGCAUGUCAGAACAAGUCAUGCAACACACGCUGGAAGAUGUGCCCCUCCGUACCCCUGAGCUGAGCUUGACCAGUCGCAGUCCGACCGACAUCCUCGUCUCCUGGCAGCCUCUUCCUAACAAACUGAGCCGUGGGCGUGUUUCUGCGUACCGCCUGUCGUACCGUACGGCUGCGGAGGAGCAGAUAACAUCCGUUGAAUUGGCCGUCCAGGGUGAGAACCGCACGCAGUAUCUUCUUCGGGGUCUUCAGCCUGACACCAUCUACCUGAUCCGCAUGUCUGCGUCCACACGAGUGGGCUGGAGUCAACCAUCCGCCUGGAACUCUCAUCGCACGGCCAAAACAUCCAGCUCUAUAGUUCCUCCCGCCCCAAACCUUGAGCUUGAACCGCUUAACUGCACGUCUGUGAUGGUUCGCUGGCACCCGGCUCCUAGUGACGCUGUCGUCCAGGGAUACAAACUCUCUCUACACCCAGACGGCCAAUCAGAGGACUCGAUUAUCCGGCUGCCCCCUCAUGACCACCAGCACGCCAUCGCCGGGCUCCACCCCAGAGUGAAGUACCAUGUGAAAGUGUUGGCGCUCAGCGCUAACGGUGAAGGGUAUCAGGCGCAUCAAACCGUCAACACUCCAGGAUGUCCUUCUGCACCGAACCGCAGGUUGGCGAUGCUGCCUCCUCCAGACCACAUCCACGCUAAAGCUAGCAGCUCGUCUGCGGUGGAUCUGGUUUGGGGUCGACCUGCUUUCAGUUCUGGAAAACCCGUGAGCUAUUUUGUCCGCUACGGACCAGUGAGUCCGGCCGACGCCUCACCUGUGCGUUACGUCCAAACCACUGAGCGGACGGUCACGGUGACGGGACUCAAGCCAAACACCCGUUAUGAGUUUGCUGUACGUCUUCAUAUGGAUCAGAUGUCCAGUCCCUGGAGCUCGACCAUCUAUCAGAGAACUCAACUGGAAGCGCCAUCCUCCCCCCCACUGUCUGUCAGAGUCACUCUGAUAGAAGAUGAUACAGCGCUGGUGUCAUGGAAACAACCGGAUCAGCCCAACCUGUCCAUAACGCACUACACCAUCCUGUACGCAUCACGUAACUCGUGGUUCGUUGGCGAAUGGCAGGUUCUGCAGAGAGAAGGUGCAAACACUAUGGUGCUGCUGGAGAAGCUGGUGCCAGGUAACGUUUACCUGGUGAAGAUUUCGGCCUCUAACCAGGCGGGUGACGGACCGUUCUCAACCACUGUAGAGCUUCCUGUGCACCGGGGUAAAAAUCAGCAGGGUAAAAACCCACGACAUACUGACAACCACGCCGAGAAAACAGCUUUUAUAGGCAGUCUUUAUCACAUCCAUGAGACGUCUAUGACCGGUAUCAUCGUUGGCGUGUGCAUCGCGCUGGCCUGUAUCAUCAUGUGUGUCUUUAUUCUCUUCACCAGGAGAAAGACACGGAAAUCAGCAUGCUCUAAGAUAAUUGGACAGGUGAGGAAUGAGGUCAUGCAUAGUGGUGUUUCAACAGCCAAUCAGCUCCCAGCGGAGGUUCAUGUGCCGAUGUUGAGAACACACGGUAUUGAUACCAAAGGAGGAACGUAUUUAGCGAUAAACCACGCAGGAGCCGUUAUGAGCGACAGACAGAGCAAACGAAAAAAAGUUAAAAUGUUUAACCACUCACGGAAGUCUAAUGCAAAGAAAAGCAAGAUCCAGGACUGUGGUUGUCUUUACAAAGUGGUUAAGACAGAUUUACGUUACGGAGAAAAGCGGGCAGUCGCUUCCGCGCAGGUGUCCUCCCUGCAGAUCCUCUACCGGCCACCGGGGGAGUCAGAGAGCUCGCAGACCAGCGACGGCAGCAGAGAGAUGGCUGAUUCUGGAAACGUCUCUCAUGAUGAGGCGGAAAGCAGCAGCCCGAAGAGAAGUGCGUAUAGAUCUGACGACGCUGUGGGUGAAACGUCCAUCUGUGGGCGGGUUCCAGACGCUUCGCUGCCGAAAUCUACCUCCGACCUGCAGUUCCUAUCGGUUCCUCUUUAG